GUCACCACAUGUGCCUGUUAUCACUGUCACACUGCCAGGGACCGCCACGCUCACCUGUACACAACUGCCAUCAUGGUCUGUUUGGUAUUGAUGUUUGCUGUGCUCACCAUUGAAUAUGUUUAUGGAAGUCGACUACCUCCUCUGCCCAUGAAAGACGGCUGCCACGUGGUGUCUCCAGAGGUGAUGAUAUUCAGAGUGGAGGGCGAGGCCAUAAUCCUCUCCUUCCCAACGUUCAUGAGGGUGCUCAAAGUACGGAACAUCGCUCCCCCAACAGCAAAGUACCUCAUCCACAAGGACAAUGGUACAGAGGGUGUGGCCUAUUAUGGCGAGGGACGUGUCCAGCAGCAUGACAAACAGUUGUGGUUCCUUCCUGCUCAUGCUUCAGACUCAGGGAAAUAUAUCUGCACUUACAGAAAUGAAAGCUACUGUGUAACUGGGAGCAUCAUGCUGCAUGUGUACGAGUCCAGCUAUGUUGACAUGGAGAAACUGUCCUAUCCAGUCUCAGCCACAGUGGGAGAGAAUUUGCCAUUAAAAUGUCCAUCUCUAAGUGACUUCAACAAGACAGACAGACUCAUACAGUGGCACAAGGACUCCAGCCCCACUCCCCUUCAGCUACGCAGACCGGGCUCCUUGCGCCAGCAAAAGGGGGACUUAAUGAUCCCCGCAGUGAAGCAAACCGAUGCAGGUGUCUACACCUGCCAGCUCAGAGUGCUCAUCAACAACCAGCAGUACAAAGUCAGUAGAUCCAUCCUGCUGCGUGUGCAAGGUCUAGAUCCUGCAAUCACCACCACUGUGCCUGACCUCUCCACGACCUCUAACCCAGGGCUGAUCAGCAGCACUAGCAGCAGCUACAGCUCAGUACACACUCCAAUAAUUCAACCACCUGUGAUUGUCUCGCCACUGAAUGGAACCAUUUUUGAAAGUCUGCAUGGUUCAGGACUGGAGUUGUUUUGCAACGUGCUUACUGAAUGUCAAAUAGCAGGUUCCACUGUGGUCACUUGGCUGGUCAAUGGCCAAUCAGUGGAGUCAUCAUACCUUGAUGGGCGGGCGCUGCAGGGGGGAAGGAGGGUAACCAAGGUGUCUGGGGGCUGCCAGAUUGAGUUGAAGCUAAUUGUUGUAGCGAUAACGGAAGAAGACGUGGAGACAGAGCUGAAGUGUGUCACUCAGAACCAAGGUGGAAGACAGGAAGUUGUUGCACAGCUUCGACUAGAGGACCCCACAUUUACAUGGCUGGUGGUAGCUGCAGUGGCUGUGUCCUGCUUCCUCACUGUGGUCUUGGUCUUCAUCUAUGCUCUCUUCAAACCUAAAAGGAAUACGAAAAUGGAUUACUUUCUGGCUCGGCAGAACAGCACUUUCUAACUCUGCUAGUUUAUACAAAACAAAGAUGUUCUUAAAUGUGUUUGCCGUUAUAUCAAAUUAGUCUUUCAUGCAUUGUGUGCAUGUGAUGUCAUGCGGUGGCACCACCACGCCAUGUUUGGUGUUCAACACUCCUUUUACAGGCAUUCAAUGUUUCAGUAGCUGCAUUCAGCUACAGUGACAUGCUGUUACCCACUGUCCUCCUCGGCUGAGACAUACACAAGUAUUUUUGUUACUUUUAAAUUAUAUUGUAUGUGCUAAUCCGUAUAUUCUACCUUUACAAAGAUAAUAAUGUGUUGAGUUUUGAUUAACACUGUCAGAGAGGUAUUGGUUUAAAUAUGUUGUUUAUUAUUGAGGUUGUAGCUUGCAGUGGUGUUGAAACGGACUGCGUAACAUUGAGAGAUGUUUCAUCUGUGUAAAGAUAGAAUUUAUGGUGGAGGUAUUGGAUUGCAUUAGAUUUUAGAGGCGAGAGAGAGAGAGCGAGAGCGAGAGCGAGAGCGAGAGCGAGAGCGAGAGAGAGCGAGCGAGAGCGAGAGCGAGAGCGAGAGCGAGAGCGAGAGCGAGAGCGAGACUAUGCAAUACAUCUCAGGGAAGCAUCUUCAUCAGCAGAAAAGUAUUCAGUCCAUUUGCAAGUCUGCACAUUUACAUGCCAAAUCUGACUGACUAUAAUAAAAGAAUGUGGUGUGAGAAAAUGCUCAGUGUUGAGGUGUAUGUUUGGAUUAAGUUUGGAUGUAGCAUUUAAAAUGUUAUAAUCCUAUAACACAAGUGUUACAUCACUUAUCCAUUAAAAGUACUUAAUGGUG